AUGGCUCCGCUCCUGCUGCAGCUGGCGGUGCUCGGCGCGGCGCUGGCGGCUGUAGCCCUGAUUCUGAUUUCCUUUGUUGCAUUUAUAACUGCUACAGAGAUGCCACACCUGCAUCGACAUGAAGAUGAGAAGUUCUUCUUAAAUGCCAGAGUCCAGAGGGAAGCCUUACCCAGCAUACGAGACUCGCCUACCAAGCAGCUUUCUGUGGUCGUGCCUUCAUACAAUGAAGAAAAACGGUUGCCUGUAAUGAUGGAUGAAGCUCUGGGCUAUCUAGAGGAGAGACAGAAACAAGAUCCUACAUUCACUUAUGAAGUAAUAGUAGUUGAUGAUGGCAGCAAAGACGAGACUUCAAAGGUAGCUUUUAAAUAUUGCCAGAAAUAUGGAAGUGACAAAGUUCGAGUGAUAACGCUGGUGAAGAAUCGUGGGAAAGGCGGAGCUAUUAGGAUGGGUGUAUUCAGUUCUCGAGGAGAAAAGAUCCUCAUGGCAGAUGCUGAUGGAGCCACAAAGUUUCCAGAUAUUGAGAAAUUAGAAAAAGGACUGAAUGAUCUACAGCCUUGGCCUGAUCAAAUGGCUAUUGCAUGUGGAUCUCGAGCUCAUUUGGAAAAACAAUCAAUUGCUCAGCGUUCUUACUUCCGUACUCUUCUCAUGUAUGGGUUCCACUUUCUGGUGUGGUUCCUUUGUGUCAAAGGAAUCAGGGAUACACAGUGUGGGUUCAAAUUAUUAACUCGAGAAGCAGCGUCACGGACGUUUUCAUCUCUCCACAUUGAACGAUGGGAAUCCAAGUCAAGUAGAGUUUCUAGGUAUUACAACACUUCAAGGUAUACGCUGUACUGCUGAAGUUAAAAGACUACAGGCAUCUCUUUGAUUCCAAAUUACUUGAGUAUGGGUAACGUUAAAUGUUAAAUAUAAAUAUGUAUAUAAAAUCUCCAUCCUCUGAACUCUACCUCACCUAAAUUCUUUCCAUUUAAUGUUAAGGUAUAAUUCGACCCAAUUUAUGAAUAAUUUUUUAAAUGGAUUCUUUGAAAUGUACUUCUAGUGAAUUUUUUAAAAUUUUUAAUCAAUGUUAUUCAUGUUUAUAAUUUAAAGUCAUUCCAUCAGGCUUAUAACAAGAAAACAGUUGUCCUUUGCCCCAUCUCCGUCCAUCCCCCAUACCUGCUCCCUCACUCUAGUCACUUUCAUCUCUUUACUGCUUGUUUGUGGUGUUUGCUUUCACAUUGAAAACAAUGGGUCUGCAUAGCUACGUCUCAGUUUUUCAGUUUUAGAUAUUAAUUUCCACAAUAGGAAAUCAAUGGACAAGUAUCUCGUUCUCUUAAACUCCUGUACACCCUCCACAGAUAUGCUCCUAAUACAGUUUUAAAAUAAUGUUUGCUUAGCUCAGCAUUGAUCGUUGUAGCUGGGUAAAGAGAAUUCAAAUUUGAGCCGUAGCAUGCAGUGGGAUUAUACGACCCACAUAGUUGUAGUACUUUUUGUUUUUCUAAAGGUAAUAACUGGAGUUUUUUGCUGGCAUUACUUGACCAUGGAUCUAACACUUGUCCUCACUCUCUGACAGAAGCAUAAGUUCCCAGACACAUCAGAUUAUGCCUCAAUUCCAUCUUUUUCUUGGAGAUGCCUUUCUCAUUGGCUCUUUCUUUCUAGUUGUGUCCUGGCCUGCUGCAGCUCCUGUCCUAGAUCUUGUUUUCCUUGGUUUCCAUCCUAAUUUAGUAGAGCACACCUCUCUUACACCUCCUAAAAAAUAUGAGAAAGACACUGCAAGACCCCACAUGUAGAGACAUGCCUUGAUUCUACCCUCACACUUGUUUACCAGUUAGCUGGAGAAAGAGUUAUAGGUUGGAAAUCCUUUUUCCUCUGGAUUUGGAAAGCAUUGCUCUGUUGUCUUUGGCAUCAGUGUUUCUGUGGAAAAGUCCAAUUCUGUCAAUAAUCUAAUCUUGAUUCCUUGUCUAUGGCAUGUUUUUUCCACCCCACUUUGGAAGCCUUUUAUUCAGUGUUUUGAAAUGUCAUGAUUCAGCGACUUAACGUGGCUCUUUUUCAUGCAUUUUGUUGAGUACUCAGGAGGCCCUCUAAGUCUGGAAACCCAUGUCCUUUAGUUCUGAGAAAUGUCCCUUAUACAUUUCUUCGAUGAUCUCCUCUGUCUUUUCUCUCUUCUGUCUUAUAAAACAGAUAUAGAGCUUUCCUAUUGAUCCUUUCAUUUUAUUUUCUCUCCCUCUUCCUAUUUUUCUUCUUUUGAGAUUUCCUCAAUUUUUUCAUCUAACCCUCCUUUUAAAUUUUUAUUUCUGCUAUCAAAACCUCAAUUUCCUGCAAUUCUUAUAUUCUAGUAUUCAUUUUUUAAAAUCUGUUCUUGUUUCAUGACUACAGUAGCUUCCACUAACACUUUAUUUUCUUCUUUCCUUGCAUUGUUUCUGUUGCUCCAGUUUUUUUCUUUAUGUUUGUUUUUAUCAUUAACGUUUAUCCUUAGAUAUGUUUAGUAUGGUGCUAAAAAUUUUAGCUCAUCAGCAGCUGGGUGCGUGGUCAGCAAACUCUGACUGAUAGAUUUCACUACAAAUUAAACUAGUGGGGCCAUUUUGUGUGGGUAACUCCCAGCUGUCACUAUGUUUGGGGCUGGUCAUUUUCACUAAAGUGGGAUCCUUCAAUUUGCUGCCUAAGAAAUAUGAUCCUGGCUGCCAGCAUUCACAGAACCGGCUGGGAGAAAGGAGAAUCUCUUACAGAUUUUCAGUGAGCCCUCCGGUUUGCAGCCCACCUGCACCUCCACUUACAGAGGUCACUUGGGCCCUUGAUGCCUGAGCCUCGGGGGCUCUGUGGUGCCCAUUAACCUGCUCUGGGCUUCUCCCUCUGCCGUUGUCUACUUUCUAGUUACCACUUGUCUAGCUACUUUCCAACGUUCACAUUUUUUUUUUUUUGUUACUCUCAUCUUCCCUUUGUUCUCGUAUGGUUAUCCCAUCAUUGUCGUUUUAAUUUUAGUGGGAUUUCAGGAGGGAGCAGUAGGGUGUGUGUGUGUGCCAUGUUUAGCAGAGUCUCAACGCACUCUUUGUUCUUCAGAAAUACAUCUGUUCCUGAGGUAACAGCUGUAUCAGGAACUGAAUAACAAAAAUUAUUUUGUUGACUCUGCCCUCCCCACAUUUACCAAAACUCAAGAAGUCAUUUCAGUUGGAGAAUAACCCUUAUGCUGCUUCUCUUUAUUGGCAUAAGGUUCCAUCCAGAAGUACUUGGUAUUUUAAUUAUAAUGUUUCCUUUGGUAACAGAUUGGUCUCUUAUUUGUAAUAUGGUGAUAUGAACUGCAGUUUGUUUUGUUUUGUGGUUUUUUGUUGUCUUGGGGUUUUUUUUUUAAAUAAACAUCUCAUGUCUUCUAAAAUGUUUAAGGGGAGAAGUGUAUAAUAAAAACAAUAAUUUAUAAGAUGAAUAGCCCUUUCAGUUUUUUUAAUAUAAAAAAAAUUAAUUUGUAUUUCAGUUUAUCGGUGGUUUUUUUACCCCACUCCUUUUCAUUCAUCAUUUUUAUGUUGUUUUGUGUCUUUGAUAAGUCACUAAUUCUAUAUGAUAUCUUUGGAGAAAUACUUAAUAAUCUUGAUCUGAUUAUUAAUUAGCAUUACUCAGCAGCCCAUUAGGUAACUUUUUGGUUUUAUGUUAAAGGAAAGUUUUAAGGGUUAAUAUUCAGAUUAUUUCCUUCUUUCAUGAGUGUCACAAUUCUACUUAACGGAAGUUUUACUUAGUCCUUUUAGAAACACAAAGAACACAUUUGUAGGUGGUUUUAUCAUCUUAGGUAAAUAUUUUAUUAGGAUAAGGAAAAGCAUUAAGUGUUUUAAAAAAAAAUAGUUUUCAUAUUGAAUUAUCCAAACAUUUGGGAUUUAAACUAGUUGCAUAAUGGAUGAUGGUGGUAUUGUAACCAAGAAAACAGAACUCCCAAAUUCAGAUUGUCUGGAAUCAGGGAAAUCAGAUAGAAGUGGAUUUUAGGCGUUUUCUUGUUUGUGCUCAUAUCCAAGCCUGGGAAGUCUGAAGUGUGUUCCAUGCAGUCUAGAAAGUGGGGCAUUUCAUGUCUCAAGAAUGAAAGCAAAACAGUGAAAGACUUCAGUGCUUUUUGAGACAAGUAAAAGCAUGAAGUGCAGCACAGGCAGUGGUGCUUCUCUUUUUGAGUUUAAUGCCAGUGAAAGGAAGCAACUGGUUGAGAGAAUUUUGUAAAAAUCCAGGAAAACUUCUAAGUCAGGAUUCAAAAAUGUUAAGGAAAGCAGAUUCGACCAAAACCAAAGGGCUGAUUGAAGAGGAGCUUUUUAAGAAAGAGUCUUUCCUAGGUAGAAGGAAGGCUGAGCUGGGAAUACAAGCUAGAGAUGAUUUUAAGUGUAUGUUAAAAUGAGACAACGUAUCUAAUUCCUAUGUAUAUAUGUAGUUAUACCCACGAGGUCUUUCAGGCCAGCCUAAACUGGCUUUUCAGUUCCACCAGCUACCAGUACUGUAUUGGCCAGGAUGGCAUUGGGGAGGGGAAGAGGGAAGGCAGGCCACAGGGACCCCGUACUUAGAAAAGGAACCUUGAUUCUUUGGCGGUAGAAGAAUGGAAUCAAGCAGCUCUGAAGUGACUGAGAACAUUCUCUCCUAGGGCUUCUCAAGGUUCUGUUUUACCAGCUCUCUGAAUCUGUUGAAAAUGCCAUCAGUUCUGUCUCUUGAGCUAGUUAAGGUUGGGAUUUGAAAAACAUCAAUCUUGAACAUUUCCAGGAUUAAAUUUUCUCUUGGAGCCCAGGAGGCCGUUUUUACCUCUGAGAGUUUCUGAGUUGUGACAGAGACGCCAUAUUUCUCAUUUAUAUGUUAUGCAGUGACACGCGAUGUUAUAUUAUUUGCCUUGAAGCUCCUGAACUACUUUGCUUUUAUUUGACCUUAUGUUUAUCUGGCCUUCACUUUUACAAUAUAAGCUUUUAUAUCUGCUGUGUAAGCUUCUUUAAAAUAUGCCAAGGUAGAGAUUCAAUUACACUCUAUUUGUCUUUUUAAAAAUAAAUAGCAAUGUAUUCUCUA